AUGAGUAGUCUAGAUGUCCUCAGUAAGAUCCAUAUCGAGGGUAACAAGGACUUCAAAGGCAAAAGUAAAGCUACCAGCAUUCACAUGCCUGAACUCAAUUCCACGACUGUUGAUGAUCGAUCUCGACCCAAUAGUAUCGUCGGAGAAGGACCUGAUGAUUUGGAGUUGAUGGGUAUACCAUCUGUUGUUGGUAGAGAAGCGGGUGAAAGAGACCCUUUGCUGCUUAGACAGAAGGUCGUCAGCGAUUCUGAUCUUGCCGAGAUAAGACAACGAAAGAAGGGUGGCAAAUUAGCCGAUUUCUAUGAAGGUCAAAAUUCGAGAAUUAACGAUCUACUAAAACCUUUACAUACGUUAUCACAAGAAGCUGAACAAGAUACAGCCGAUAAUGCAUUGAAAGUCAAAUUGGCCGUCAAUAUCUCUUUUGGAGCAAAUAUAUGUUUAGCUAUCUUACAAUUAUAUGCUGCUAUUAGCAGUGGAUCAUUAGCUUUGUUUGCGAGUUGUAUCGAUGCCGUCGACCCAUUCGCGAAUCUGAUCCUGUGGGCCGCUCAUAGAGCUUCGGACAGGGCCGAAGAAAAGAAAUGGCCAGUAAGAGGAUCAAGGUUUGAGACCAUUUACGGUUCGAUCAUGGGUGGGGUAAAUGUAAUCCUUAUUGUCAUGUCCAUUCAAGAAUUUGUAACGCAUAAAGGAGACGAUUUGCAGAACUUUCAUCUAGCCUCAAUCAUCUCAGUCGGUGUGGCUUUUGGUGUCAAAUUUGCUUUGUUCAUAUAUUGCAUGGCGAUUCGGCAUUCAUCUUCCCAAGUUCAAGUACUAUGGGAAGAUCACAGAAACGAUCUAUUGACCAACGGUUUCGGUAUUCUGACCGCUUCCGGUGGUGCUAAGCUAGCGUGGUGGAUCGAUCCUAUGGGAGCUACUAUAAUCGCUGUCUGCAUCAUUGCAGUUUGGACCAGGACUGUGUAUGAACAAUUCACUUUCUUAGCAGGUAUAGCUGCUCCUCCCGAAUUCAUCAACUUGGUCACUUACAAAGCCCUUACCUUCUCUGAACACAUCACAUCGGUCGAUACAGUCAGAGUAUAUCAUUCAGGACCUCAGUAUUUCGUCGAAGUUGAUAUCGUCUUACCUCCAGAGAUGCCUUUAUGGAAAGCUCAUGAUAUAGCUCAAGAAUUACAAGACGGUAUCGAGAAAUUGAAGGAAGUUGAUAGAUGUUUCGUUCAUGUCGAUCACGAAGUUGAUCAUAAGCCUGAACAUCGAAAGAACGUUUAA